UUGAUAUAAAAAGUCGCGCUUCCAGGAGUCCUUGGUCACACCAACUCCUGCGCUCCAGGGACACCGAUGCACUGGGAAUCUACUCAUACUUCAGAGAUGUUGCUGUUUCUACUGAGCUUUGCCACUUGCUUGUGCAUCACCGCUGCACGGCCUACGAUCGGCGAACAGGAGAAUGAUUUCACAGCCGAGAACGAGUCAGAAGAAGUCCGUUCAGCUGCCAUCAAGAGGCUUCUGGAGGUUUUUGGAAUGGAUGACCCCCCUGCUAUCCAUGGACACAAGCAGCCACCGCAGUACAUGCUUGAUCUAUACAACACGGUUGCUGAUGUGGACGGUGUGACCAAGGACCCCUAUCUUCUGGAGGGGAAUACUGUACGCAGUUUCUUUGACAAAUUGCACAGUGAACAGGUGGAGUUCAAGUUCAAUUUAUCAACUGUUGCAAGAACAGAGAAGAUUCUCACUGCAGAGCUCCAUCUCUUCAAGCUGCGACCUCUGGCAGCACACACAUUAAACAGACAUCACUUCUGUCAGGUCAGUGUCUAUCAGCUGCUGGAUAGCAUCAAAACCAACAACACACAGGAGAAGAAGCUGCUUUCCUCCCGGCUCAUUCCAGUCCACUCUACAGGUUGGGAAGUGUUCACAGUCACACAAGCAGUCCGCUCCUGGAUGGUAGAUGAAGGCAGUAACAUGGGGCUCCAGGUGGUAGUUCGAACACUAGGAGGAACCCAGAUGGAUAUGAAACUGAUUCGCUUUGCUUCAGGGCGCCACCACCAUCAGAGCAAGCAGCCCAUGUUGGUUCUCUUCACUGAUGACGGUCGCCACUCUGCUACACUUGAGAGCACAGAUCCACAUGAGGCCAUAGCCACUUCCAUCCUCCCCCAGGCGCCCAUGUCAGCCCCCUCGUCCCGCAUCGCACGCUCCCUGGACUACAGCGAAGAAGAAGGUGUGUCUAAGCCCUGCCAGCGCCUACCCUUGUACGUGGACUUUGAAGAGAUUGGCUGGUCAGGCUGGAUCGUAUCUCCCAAGGGUUACAAUGCUUACCAUUGCAAGGGGUCAUGCCCUUUUCCUCUGGGUCAGAACAUGAGGCCAACCAACCACGCCACCGUGCAGUCCAUCAUCAACGCUCUGAAGCUCAUCAAAAGCAUUGAGACGCCGUGCUGUGUACCAGACAAGCUCUUUUCAAUCAACUUGCUCUACUUUGAUGAUGAUGAGAAUGUGGUGUUGAAACAGUAUAAUGACAUGGUGGCUGGAAGCUGCGGCUGCCACUGA